UAGAAUUUUUUUGAUUGAUUCGGUUGAUUCUUCUCCCCUAGACUAGAUUUUUUGAAGUUCUUUGUACUUUUUUUUGUUCAUUAUUUACAUCUGUCUGACUUCUUAAAUUGUGAAUUCUUGGCCAUCAAUUCUCUCUUCCGAAAAUAAAAUUCCCAUGUCCUGUCAUGUAAAUAUAGAUAUAUGAAAAUCUUUUCUAAGUGGAUAUCUUACCUUGACCUCUCUUUCAGAUGUAUUAAAUCAUUGUUGAUUGGUGUUAUAUGUACAAAGUAAGUGGGGAGAUAGUUAAUAUUAUUGCAUGUGGUGUCUUUGGAGAGAAUGAAAUGCUUGUUGCUUUGAGGGGAAGGUGCUAAGCUUGGUGAAGUUGAAGUUCUUAUUCAUGAAGACUCUUUAUGAAUGGAUACUUUCUCUACUAUGAGCUUCCUAGAGUUCUUGGACACUUUGAGCUUCCAUUAGUUGUUAUUGUAUUUGUAUUCUUUCUAUUUGUUGACUUGAUUUUUUUAAAAACUUGGGCUUGCCUUUGUAUAAUCUCUGUGUACUAGGUUUGCGCCACUUGUGCUCUUUUUAAUGCAUUUUUAUUAUUUUUAAAAAUAGAGUGGGUUGUAUCAGUGAUGCCAUUAGGUGGUACUCUUUUGUCAUUGUUUUCUUUCCUUCAACAAUUCUAUUACUUGGGAGUUUUGGUAGUUAGUUUACUCAUUAUUUGGGAUAUCUUGGUUAAGGCCUAAUCAAGUGAGGGAGAUUUUGGCAUGUUUGACAGGUGGCAUCAAAAGAUAUUGUAGUGUUAAUGUGAAGAAUGCUGUGCCUUUAUGUUUGAUGUGCUGUAUUUGGAGGGAGAGGAAUGCUAGGACUUAUGAUGGAAUUGAAGUCUCAUUUCUUAAACUCCAACCAAAGCUUCGGACAUCUCUUUUUGAUUGGAUGAGAGCCAUUAGGGGGUUUGUCGGACUAUCGAGACAGAGCUGGGAAAAUCAAUGGAUGAUCUUUUUUCAGAUUUUGUCAAAGUUCCUUUGGCAACAGCAUCAAUAGCACAAGUCCAUCGUGCAACUCUGCUUGAUGGGCAGGAGGUAGUUGUUAAAGUUCAACAUGAGGGCAUCAAGACAAUCAUAUUGGAGGAUUUGAAGAAUGCAAAGGCAAUUGUUGACUGGAUAGCUUGGGCAGAGCCACAGUAUGAUUUUAAUCCUAUGAUAGAUGAAUGGUGCAAAGAAGCUCCCAAAGAACUUGACUUCAAUCAUGAAGCUGAGAAUACUAGGACAGUAUCUAGAAAUCUACGCUGCAAAAAUACUGGACAUGAUGAUAACACAAAUGCCAAUCGAGUGGAUGUUUUGAUUCCAGAUGUUAUUCAGUCAGCGGAAAAAGUCCUUAUUUUAGAGUAUAUGGAUGGCAUUCGUUUGAAUGACUUGGACGCACUGGAAGCAUUUGGUGUUGACAAAAAAAAGCUUGUUGAAGAAAUUACACGUGCAUAUGCCCACCAAAUUUAUGUUGAUGGGUUUUUUAAUGGUGAUCCUCAUCCUGGAAACUUUCUUGUGAGCAAGGAACCUCCUCAUCGUCCAAUUUUGCUCGAUUUUGGGCUUACAAAAAAACUAUCAAUUUCUGUCAAGCAAGCACUGGCUAAAAUGUUUCUGGCAUCUGCUGAGGGGGACCACGCAGCUCUUUUGUCUGCUUUUUCAGAAAUGGGACUUAAGUUGCGCCUGGAUAUGCCAGAACAGGCAAUGGAGGUAACAACUGUAUUCUUUCGAACUUCAACGUCAGCAAAAGAAUCUCUUGAAACAAUUAAAUCAUUGAACGAGAAAAGAACAAAAAACAUGAAGGUCAUACAAGAAAGGAUGAAACUCAAACCAAAAGAAGUUAAACGCUUUAAUCCUGUUGAUGCAUUUCCUGGAGACAUUGUAAUCUUUUCACGGGUCCUUAAUCUUCUAAGAGGGCUUUCUUCCUUGAUGAAUGUUCGCAUAGUAUAUCUAGAUAUCAUGAGGCCAUUUGCAGAAUCUGUUUUGCAAGGAAAUAUUAGUAGGGGACCAAGAGUUAAUGAUCAGUGGAUCUAUGACACACCUGUCCAUUCUGAUGUGGAGGCCAAGUUAAGACAGUUCCUAGUUGAGCUGGGGAAUAAUGAUAAAAUACUUGGAAUACAGGUAUGUGCCUACAAAGAUGGAGAAGUUAUAAUCGACACUGCUGCUGGAAUGCUUGGUAGAUAUGAUCCUCGUCCAGUGCAGCCAGAUAGCCUUUUUCCUGUUUUCUCUGCAACAAAGGCUAUCACAGCGGGAAUGCUACAUUGGCUGGUUGACAAAGGAAAGCUGACGCUCGAGGAAAAUGUGGCAAAUAUUUGGCCGGAAUUUGGAUCAAAUAGGAAAGAUCUCAUCAAGGUCCAUCAUGUGCUUAACCAUACAUCUGGUCUUCAUAAUGCUUUAUCAGACCUCCUUAGAGAAAAUCCUUUACAAAUGUCUGAUUGGGAUGAAUGUUUGAAUCGCAUUGCUGUGUCAGUACCUGAGUCUGAACCUGGCCAGGAGCAGUUGUAUCAUUAUCUUUCUUAUGGCUGGCUAUGUGGUGGCAUUAUUGAGCACGCAUCUGGGAAAAAAUUUCAGGAGAUUCUUGAAGAAUCAUUCAUUCAUCCCCUUCAAAUUGAAGGCGAGUUAUACAUUGGAAUUCCUCCAGGUGUGGAAUCUCGACUUGCAACACUUACGCUUGAUAAAGAUGAUUUUCAGAAGCUCUCAGGGAUCAGCAAUCGUCCUGACAUGCCCUCCACGUUCCAGCCUGGUGAUAUUUCCCAAGUCAUAACCACCCUGCCUGUUGUAUUUAACAUGCUCAACAUUCGUCGUGCUAUCAUACCUGCUGCUAAUGGACAUUGCUCAGCCCGUGCACUGGCACGGUACUAUGCAGCCCUAGCUGAUGGUGGUAUGGUACCCCGGCCCCAUUCCUCUUCUUCCAAACCACCACUUGGCAGUCACCCACACAUCCCCAAAUUCUCUUCUUCCCAAAAUGUCAGCAAGAGGCGGAAAGGUUGCAAAUCCAAGGAGGAAUCUGCUGUUUCAAUUAACAGAACUAAUGAAUCUGAAGAGAUACCGAAUUACGGUGAUGUUAGCCAUCGUAGAAAUACCAGCGGUGAUGGUUCUACUAAGCUUGUCAAUGAUAGCAGCAAUAGCAAUAGCAAUAGAAUUAGUACGACUGACUGCGAAGACAGUAAUCCUCAAAACAAUUCUGUUGUUAGGAUUUUUAGCAAUCCUAGAAUUCAUGAGGCAUUCUUGGGUGUUGGUGAAUAUGAAAAUCUCGCUUUGCCAAAUAGUGCUUUUGGCUUAGGGUUCAGGAGGACUAAAUCUAAGGAGGGGUCCCUUCUUGGCUUUGGGCACUCGGGAAUGGGCGGAUCAACUGGCUUUGCUGACAUGAAUAAUAGGUUUGCUAUUGCUGUGACCCUGAACAAAAUGUCUAUUGGCUCUGUAACUGGAAACAUCAUUAAUUUUGUUUGUUCGGAGUUGAAUAUUCCGGUGCCAGCUGAAUUCUCAAGAUUCAGUGAGAUGGGAGCCGAUGCAGAGUCGAGUUUUGGGAGACCUUUGAUUAAUUGAGAAUGGGAAAACUUUAUCCCUUUUAGAAAAUUGUAACCGGUAAUUGUAACCUGUACCAUAUACAUUGAUAUUUAAACAUUAAAAACCCUUUUCGACUCUUACUAAGUUAUAUACCAAAGGAAAAUAUAGAUUUUAUAGUGUUCU